AUGGCUGUUGGAAAGAACAAGCGUCUCUCAAAGGGCAAAAAAGGUCUCAAGAAGAAGACCCAAGACCCUUUCACUCGAAAGGACUGGUAUCAAGUCAAGGCUCCCUCGUCGUUUCAGAUCAGAGAUUUCAGUGUCGGCAAAACUCUUGUUAAUCGGACAACCGGUCUUAAACACGCCAACGACGCCCUAAAGGGCCGGAUAUUCGAGGUUUCACUUGCAGACCUCCAGAAGGAUGAGGAUCAUGCAUUCCGCAAGGUCAAGUUGAGAGUCGACGAAGUUCAAGGAAAGAACUGCCUAACCAACUUCCACGGACUGGACUUCACAUCCGACAAGCUUCGGUCGUUGGUGCGAAAGUGGCAAACACUGAUCGAAGCAAACCUAACCGUUAAAACAACGGACGACUAUCUUAUCCGUCUCUUCGCUAUCGCUUUCACCAAGCGGAGGCCGAACCAAAUCAAGAAAACCACCUACGCUGCAUCUUCGCAAAUUCGCGCCAUCCGAAAAAAGAUGAUGGAAAUAAUUCAGCGCGAAGCUUCCAGCUGUACCCUCACACAACUCACCGCGAAACUUAUCCCUGAGGUGAUUGGACGGGAAAUUGAGAAGGCCACGCAGGGUAUCUACCCUCUUCAGAAUGUACAUAUCCGAAAGGUCAAACUCCUUAAGGCCCCAAAGUUCGACCUAGGCGCCCUUCUUAACCUACAUGGUGAAUCGAGCACGGAUGAUGCUGGCCAACGAGUUGAGCGUGAUUUCAAAGAGCAGGUGCUGGAUUCCGUGUAA